AUGCAGGCGGCCCACGGGCUCUGGGCGGCGCUGGCCCUGCUCCUGCUGCCGGCCGGCAGCCGGGCCCUGCGCGACGGGGAGUGCGAGGUGUGUGUUACGUUCCUGGGAAGGUUCUACCAGAGUCUAAAGGACAACGACGUUGAGUUCACACCUGCCAGUAUUGAAAAGGAGCUCUUGAAAUCCUGCAAAGAAGCAAAAGGCAAAGAGAACCGCCUGUGCUAUUAUGUUGGGGCCACAAGUGAUGCAGCCACCAAAAUCAUUAACGAGGUAUCAAAGCCCAUGAGUCAUCACAUCCCCGUGGAAAAGAUCUGUGAGAAACUAAAGAAGAAAGACAGUCAGAUCUGUGAACUAAAAUACGACAAGCAGAUCGACCUGAGCACCGCCGACCUGCGCAAGCUGCGCGUCAGGGAGCUGCGGCGGAUCCUCGACGACUGGGGCGAGGCGUGCAAGGGCUGCGCCGAGAAGUCCGACUUCAUCCGCAGGAUCCACGAACUGAUGCCCAAGUACGCGCCGCGGGCCGCCGGCGCCCGCGCGGACCUCUGA